AUGGCGUCGGCCGCGAAGAAGAAGAGCGGCGUAAAGGUGCAGUUCGACGCUGAGGGCACUGCUGGCGCGCCGAAUGUUCAGAGUCCGUUUGUGUCUGCUGCACACAACACGGUGUGGCCGUACGAUGCCGCGGCGCACAACCGCGGUGGGCACACCAUCUUCACGGCUGCAGCUAAUGCGAUGUGUGGACGCCCAAAUGGCACCUACGACUGCGAUGGGGCGUGGACGGCGGAGCGUGCACCGCACGCUCGCUUGCAGACCACAGAAGCUCCCCUUGAGACUGGCCUGUCUAUAGGCAGCGCCCCCGUAGUUUCCCACGGCGCCACACCCGCGCAUGAUGUACUGUACGAGGAAUGGCUCGGCCACAUCGCGGCCUACCGCGCGUCUCCUCUUCAGUACCCUCAUCAUAUCAUUUGCAUGACUGCCCCGGCAGUUGCGUCGAGAGUGCUCUCCAUGUCCGACGCGAGCCCGAAGCAAGCCUUCUUGCGAGUGGCGACUGUUCUGUAUCAGCUGCUGGCGACGUACCUGCGCCGCUGCAACAAGCCGCCGGAAGCGUCAGAGCACGAGGCGGGCGAGCGAGUGCCGUCGCGCGUGUUCGCCAGCCUGCUGGGCAGUGCCGUGUAUAACACGAACUUCAGCGAGCCGCCCCUGGAGCAGAAGGACACAACGUUUGACUGGGUGGAGCCGGCAGGGCAGGGAGUGAACGACGCGGCAGAGUCAGGAGUCGCGCGCGACGGCGUCGCUGCCACGGGGUCUGCACCUGUCAACCCAGUGACGGCCCACAUGAUGAGAAUGCGGGCUCGCCAGCCACCCGCGCCGCCUCGCCGGUACGACGCCCUCUCUGUUGUCUCUUGCGUGGACGCAGCCCACAUCAACGUCUGCGUCGGUCAGCACUUCUACAAGCUUUGUGUCAUGGACAAGCGAGUAGGGCGCUUGCGCGACGUGGCAUCGCUGGCGGCAGACCUCGAAGCGCUGCACGCGCACCACCUCUCUCUUGCCCACACAGACGUGCUUCCUGGCGCAUCCCCUGCGACGCGGCAGGACCGAAAAGACUUGGACACGAUGUUUGCCAAUCUGUCUUGCUUGGCAGACGCGAUCGCCUUUGACGUGCGCAGGCGUCUGCGCGUGUCGAGCGAGGUGAACGCCUACUCGCUGGAUGCGUUGGAGUCGGGACUGUGCACGCUUGUUUUGAGGGAGGACGACACGGUAUCGGAGUCCGAGUCUGCUGGCGGUCACGUGACGCCGGUUGCGCAGUGGUUGCACAGCGUGUGCUGCCUGGAAACGUCCCUGGCGCAUCCAGAGGAAUGGACAAUGCGGCUGCAAGCGUUGGUGGUGCCGUUACAGGCCGGCAUGGAAUGGGUGCGAAGCGCGUUGAUGCAGCCUUCAGAUGCAGCCUUCACGGGGGACGUCGCCAACGCCCCCGUCCCUCGCGACGCCUCCUGCCGCAAAGCAGGCGUCGCGGACCACGGAGCUACACCCCGCAAGGUGCAUCCCGCGACCCGCCAGCUCAGCACACCGGUGGACGCUCGUGGCAACGUGGAGCACUUGGAGUUGUGGCUUCCUCAAAAGCACCGGGUGCCGUUGAAACCGUACGCAGAACCGGUGUGGAACCGAGCAGACGCGCAGCAUCCGGUUCCCGAUGUCUCCAGCUGCGCGUGUACGCUGGUGGAUUUCUGCAUGUGUCUUCUGCGCGUCACUACGGAGUGGAAGCGCGAUGGCCGCCUCCCUGCCAGCUCUGAAGCUACGCGUUGGCGGCCGAACGUCGUGAUAGCAGUGCAGCCGCCAUGUGGCGGAGCGCCGUCUUUGAUGGCGCUGGAUUUGCCGGCGGUGCAGCACUUUUACGAGGUUCUUGCGUCCCCUCCGCUGCUGUUCGCGGUGGACACCCGGCGCCGUGUCGAGGCGGAAGCAAGGGCAGAAGUGGCGGCGCUCUUGAAUAGAAGCUGGCACACCACUUCUACGGUGCGCACACCACCAAAGGAUGGGUCCGCGCCGAGCAGGUGGUUUGAAGGGGUCGAGACGGCAGCCAAUGGCGUGCUUAGCCGCGGGGACGUGUGUCUCUCGUUUGCCGUUCUGCCGCGCCAGGCGGCGCCGUUGUCGGACGUGACAACGCGCACACCCGCUGUGUCGCGGCUCCUCUCUGACGUGGCCUUCCCCAGCAGCCUCCUCGUGAACUGCGCAGUGCAGCAGACGGCGGCGGAGGUGCGUGUUCGCGCCAGCCAUUCAGCUCUCGUCGACGUCGUCGUGGGGGCGGAUACGCUGGCGGCUGCGCCGGUUGUAGGGGAGUUUGUCGCUGCCCUGGCCUCCUGUAUGCGGGAUCGCUGCUAG